AUGAGGGGUCUUUGGAGAGUACAACUAAGACAAAUCCACAAAAACGCUACCAAUAAUGAUGCAGGAAGGCAUCAAUGUCCUCGAAUGGGUUCCAUAUGUCAAGUGCGAGUCCAAGCAGAGUCCAGAGCCGACACACACUCCGAGGAUGGUGCCUUCACGCAGUGCCCGAGCACUGUGCUGCAGCUUCCACUCGGUGAAUGGACCACGGUGACGAUGGGAGAGGGUCAGUGUGACAUCACAGAGGCAUGUUUGGACUGCAUGAGCUGUGGAGACAAAUGGGAGAUACAACUUUUUCCACUAGAGGAGUCAUCAGAAAGUCUGGUUCCUUCUGCCAAAGAGUACACAACUUUCAAAGCAGAGCUGCAUUCAAACCUGUCUUUAUGUCAGCUCAAGUUGAAACAACCGGAACAGGCUAAGGCAAGUGCAACUAAAGCCACUGAACUGGAUCCUGGUGGAGCAAAGGCCUGGUACAGACUGGGACAAGCCUGCCAGAUGCUUAAUGAACUUGAAGAAGCAAAACGGGCAUUUAAGAAACUUCUGAAGAUACAGCCGGACUCAUCUGCUGCUGUGAAGGCGCUCAAAGAUGUUGCAAUUAAGGAAAAAGAGUCUAAUAAAGAGCUGGCCCAGAGACUAAGUAAAAUGUUCGGCUGA